AUGUGGACUGCUAAAAGUCUUUGUAGUGCUCAAAUACUGUUCCUUCGGUUGAACAAAGGCAGAUUGUGUAGUUGCAUGUUUCCAAAAACUGAGCAGUUCUGGACUGGAAUUCUAGACUAUUGCACCAUAAAAGCACUACAUAACAGAGUUAAAUUCCAGGUUUCUAAGGUAAAUGAUAAACGAUUGGUAGUAGAUACAAGAAUGGCUACUAGUGCAGAGGGAACUAAAACAGCUGCUGGAAAAAGUCCAAGUGGAGUAUGUGAUGGAAGCCAACAUUCAUUAGAAGCAAAAAUGAAACAUAUCAAUCUGUCAUUUGCAGCUUGUGGCUUUCUGGGUAUUUACCACUUGGGGGCAGCAGCUGCUUUUUACAGGCAUGGUAAGAAGUUACUGAAAGUUGUGAAAGCUUUUGCGGGAGCUUCUGCGGGAUCGCUGGCUGCCACUGUCUUAUUAGCAGUACCAGAAAAUAUAGAGAAAUGUAAGCAGUUUGCCUAUGGAUUUGCAGAGGAAGUUAGAAAAUUGGACUUCGGUGCUGUAACGCCUGGUUAUGAUUUUAUGAAAACGCUUAGGGAAGGCAUAGAGUCUAUUCUUCCUUCUAAUGCUCAUGAAGUAGCUGAGAACCGGCUCUAUGUGUCAGUCACUAACAGCAAAAGUGGGGAAAAUCACUUGGUUUCAAGUUUUGCCUCCAGGGAAGACCUCAUUAAGGUCCUGCUAGCAAGUAGUUUUAUACCAGUAUAUGCAGGAAUUAAGCCAGUGGAAUAUAAAGGAGAGAAGUGGGUUGAUGGUGGCCUUACCAAUGGCCUUCCUAUCUUGCCUGUUGGAAGAACUGUGACGAUUUCUCCUUUCAGCGGUCGAUUAGAUAUCUGUCCACAAGAUAAAGGACGUGUGGAUCUUUAUGUUAAAUUUGCAAAACAAGAUACAAUGCUGUCUCUGGCCAACCUAGUAAGACUUAAUCAAGCUCUGUUCCCACCAAACCAGGAGAAAAUGGAAUCGUUGUACCAAAAUGGAUUUGAUGAUGCUGUACAGUUUUUACUGAAAGAAAACUGGUUUGAAUAGGUGGUACAUAAAAAAAUUAACAAAACCUGAUGACUGUCAAAACACUGCUACAGGCAUCCUACAGAAUCUAAGGGAUUUCUGUCCCAAUUCCAGUUUAUGGAAAUAAAAAUCCCAAUUCCCAAUAGAAUUGCAUCUGCUUCUGCCGAGAAAGUAUCAGUUGUACUCCAGAGACCUAUAUAAACAUGUCAGAAAGGGAAUUGUACUUGCCUGGUAGUUCUCUUGUUUUGAGGAGGUUCAAGCUUAGAUCCAUUUUGCUUCAGCUGAGGACUUGAGUGUGGGAUUUGUAAAACGCUUGUGUUGUC